AUGUCCGAACCCCUAUACCGUGACCCAUGGGCCAAGCGCGAGGCCUGGCGUAAACAUCCUAUUUUCACCACCCGCAACAUGUUCAAAAACUCGCUUCCGGGCUUUGGUAUCGCCGUCGUAGCCUUUACCGCCUAUGUCGCCGCCGAAAAGUCUGUGGGCGGAAAUACUGCAGCUAGGGCGACAGGUGACGUGCCUACACCUCUUUAUCUCCUCUUCUUGCCGCAAUGUGCCAGUGCGGCUGUGUCUGCGGCCUCUGUAUCCGGAUUCUACUCAUUAAAUGCCUUCAUGAAAGAUUGGACACCCAAUCCCAGUCUCCAUAAUUAG